GUGGUUUGGUGACCUUUCUAAUUCUUUGCUCUGUGACCUUCUACCUGCAGGGGCACUUUGAAAUGGCCAUAUUGGGAGUGGGGGGAAGGGAAACUAACCUUAACCCUUGUUAAAAAAAACGUAAAAUAACCCUGGGCAGAGACAGGUGCCCUGAACGGUGCAUGGUCCAUCAGAUGCCGCAAAAGAUAACAACCGAUUAAAUGAAAAGCGUGGCUUGCAAUAUUGUUUACAUUCUAUUUUCUUCUAUUAUUUAGCAUUACUUUCUGAGUUGAUGCCAUCAGCUGUAGUUGGAAUGCUGACCUGAAGACCAACAUGCCGGGAAGCGUUUGUAGCAGCAGCAGCGUCAUACAGGCGAAAAGGAUGGUGGAUCAGCUUCGAGUUGAAGCCGGCAUGGAGAGAUUCAAGAUCUCCCUAGCUGCGGCGGAGCUGGUUCAGUAUUGUCAGGAACACAGACGCAGUGACCCUCUUCUCACUGGGAUCACUGCCUCCUCCAACCCCUUUAAAGACAAGAAAACCUGCAUACUGCUUUAAGAGGCAGUUGAAUCCUGUGAGGAUUUUAUUGGCUUCAUCAUUCAUUUGUUUGCUGCAUUUGGUACAAGAUAUGUGCUUUAUAGAUUAAAUGCAUGGUCGUUAUAAUUGACUAUUAGGAGUCUAGUUUAGAUUCAGCUGAGGAAAUUGAAGCAAUAUGGAAGGCUUUAAUUUGUAUCGUUUACAAAAAAACUCCAUAGGAUGGCUAAUCAAUGUUAUAAUACAUGUACAUGUUGAAGGUAAAAUGAAUGUUUUACCAGUAAUUCCUUAGCUACAAUAACACAAAAUAUAGUACUGUGCCAAUGUGCUUCACACAGCUAGGGACCUCUGCAUUCAGCCCACAAUUGUCAGGCCAGCAAUCACAUCACAAUGCAUAUGAAAAUAACCAUACCAUACAAUCAGAAUCACGUCUGUUUUAUUUCCCAUAGUGUUGAGUACCGUGUUCACAUCUAGCGUUUUUUUUUUUUUAAUCUGCCAGCGCUUGUUUUACAUUAUAUUUUAUGGAGCAGAGCGUUUCUGGAAAAAGUCACGGCCGUUUUUUUAAACGCCUCUCCCAGCGUUUUUUUCUGCCAUACGGAGCGUUGAAAAAAGUUCAACUUUCAGGAAGAAAGUGUCCGACGUCACGCGUCUUUUUGGCAACUGACCAAUCACAAGCGGAACAUCGAAGGAAACUCAACUGUCAAAACAAGUCCGUGGUGGACAAAUCAUUCGGGAAAGUGCCGGUGGAGCGAUUAUUAGUUUUGAUUACAGAACAUGUCGAGAUCUACGAUAUGUCUAAUGGGCUCCAGCCUGGAUGGAUACAUAGUAGCCGUGUAACGUCGGGUCUAGAAUGGGUUCCAUGCUAGGCGAUAGAAUAAACGCUCU